AUGACAGGUGGACGCUGUAUACCACACCUCCAGAAGGUGGCUCUUGGUGCUCUCAUAACCAUCACUAUAGAACCCGUAUUGUUCUUACAGUAUACUGCACUUUAUGUACAAUUGGUAAUUAAAGACAACCUGAAGCUUGAGCGGUUCUGUAAUGUGACACUGAAGCAUCCCGCCGAGGAAUGUGCUCACUUGAACGACGGUCAACACGCAGACCUGCAAGUGAAAGCUCAGCAGCUCGACAGUGUCCUCACUUUUUAUGAGAAGUUAGCGAGCACAAUCAUCCCAAUCUUGCUGCUAUCCUUCGUCGCCUCCUGGAGCGACAAGCGAGGGCGUCGUGUCCCCAUACUUCUACCAUUAAUUGGAGAAGUAUUCUAUAGCAUCAUCUAUCUCCUGGAGGCGUUCUUCACGUCCUGGCCGCCUUACGUCCUCCUGUUGGCGUCAGUCCUUGAGAGCAUGGGUGGAGGUGCCAUGAUGCUCACUAUGGCUUCCUACAGUUACGUGGCAGACAACACUAGCCAACAGUGCAAAACUGUUCGUAUGACCUUAAUGAAAGUAUUUUGGUUUCUCAGAGGACCAGUUGGUACAGUCAUAGGAGUCUGGAUCUUUGACAUUGGAGGAUAUGUUUCAGUCUUCAUUUAUUUCGAGUUGUCAGAAGGAGGCGGCCUGGCAGGACACGACUUCAUCUUCUACUUCUGA